CUGUCUGUCUCAAUAUUGACUGUGUGAGCUGUGUCCAGUUACUACGGUUUACGCACGUACGUAGUGUAUAGUAUAUAGGGAUAUCAGUGCCCCUCCACAGCCACAGAACAGCCCUGGGAUACAAUAAUGCAGAGUUUUGUGAGUCGAUCUGUACGCACCACCGCCAAGGUUCAGCAGACCCGAGUCGCCGGUGCUGCUGUAGCGCGAUGGUACUCGAGCGGUGAGGAAUAUGAUCUUGUGGUCAUCGGUGGUGGCCCUGGAGGUUACAUCGGUGCCAUCAAAGCCGCACAGAUGGGCAUGAAGGUGGCCUGUGUGGAGGGACGGGGACGUCUAGGCGGCACCUGCCUUAACGUCGGCUGCAUGCCUUCUAAGGCGCUACUCAACAGCUCACACCUGUACCACCAGGCCCAGCAUGGUCUGGCCAGCAAGGGUAUCGAAGUGGGUGAGGUUAAGCUCAAUCUGGACAAGAUGAUGGAGCUUAAGUCCAACACAGUCACCACACUCACGGGCGGCAUCGAGGGACUGUUUAAGAAGAAUAAGAUCGAGUACAUCAAGGGCUGGGGUUCUUUCCAGGAUAAGAAUAACAUCAAGGUCAAGACGGAAGAUGGAGGUGAGAGUACGUUAAAGGCUAAGCGAGUGUUGAUUGCCACGGGAUCAGAGGUAACCCCUUUCCCCGGAGGCAGCAUUGAGAUUGACGAGAAGACUAUCGUGUCAUCCACUGGUGCUCUGGACAUCGCCAAAGUGCCUGAUAAGUUUGUAGUGAUCGGUGGUGGAGUGAUUGGCCUUGAGUUGGGGUCUGUGUGGUCUCGUUUGGGCGCAGAGGUCACUGUAGUCGAGUUCCUUCCCGCCGUUGGGGGUGUGGGUAUUGACGGUGAGGUUGCUAAGACCUUCCAACGUAUCCUGGGCAAGCAAGGCCUGAAGUUCAAGAUGCAGACCAAGGUCACCGGCACCAGCCCCCGCGAAGGAGGUGGUGUGGUUGUGCACAUGGAGAACGUUAAGAACGGCAAGACAGAGGAGCUCGAGGCCGAUAACCUGCUGGUGUCCGUAGGUCGCCGGCCCUACACCGAAGGCCUGGGCCUAGAGAACAUUGGACUGACUGAUCUGGACCGUGGUAAGAUCCCCGUCGACAAGUACUUCCAGACCAAGACCGAGGGUGUAUACGCCAUUGGAGAUGUGAUUGACGGCCCUAUGCUGGCGCACAAGGCCGAGGACGAGGCCUUCAUCUGUGUGGAGGGUAUGCUCGGAGGUCACCCCCACAUCGACUACAACUGCGUGCCUAGCGUCGUCUACACCCACCCGGAAGUGGCUUGGGUGGGACAGAGCGAGGAAGCGCUUAAGGAGCAGGGCAUUGAGUACAAGGUGGGCAAGUUCCCGUUCGCUGCCAACUCCCGUGCAAAAGCCAUGGAGGACACAGACGGGUUCGUCAAGGUGCUUGCCUGCAAGAAGACCGACAAGGUUCUAGGAUGCCACAUCAUCGGUGCCACAGCCGGUGACAUGAUCCACGAGGCUGUAAUUGCCAUGGAAUACGGAGCGUCUGCUGAGGAUAUGGGACGUGUGUGCCACGCACACCCCACACAGUCUGAGGCAUUCAGAGAGGCGAAUCUCAUGGCUUGGACCGGCAAGGCGCUUAACUUUUAAUAUAUAGUACACAGGGGUCUAUGAGGUUUAUAGUACAUAUGGCUAUGAGGCUUUCUCUAGGCUAAGGAUAACCGUGCGUGUAUGGGGCGGGAGAGGUGUGCACAAGGGUGCGGAGUUUUGGUAAAUAAAUUUUUAUUCGACCAUGUUUAAGGGCUUUGAUGGCGUAUGCUGUGUAUUCAGUAUGGGAUGGCAUACACUAUGUGUGUGUGUGUAUGUAUAUAUAUAUAUAUGCAUAUACGUAUGUACGUAUGUAUAUAUAUUUAUGUACAUGUAUAUAUAUAUAUACAUACAUAUAUAUUUUAUAUAUUACCUUGA